AUGGUACCUAAUACUGGAGGGAUGCUCAUCUUCAACAAGGAGUGGGGAGCUCCCUUCAUCAGCCUGGUUACAGCUAAGACUGCCUUCCUGUUUAUCUUACCUCAGUAUAACAUCAGUGUGCCUACAGCAGAUGGGGAGCUGGUCCAGUAUCACUACGGACUGAAGGACCUGGUCACCAUCCUCUUCUACAUCUUUGUUGCCAUCAUCCUGCAUGCAGUGGUGCAGGAGUAUGUCCUGGACAAAAUCAACAGGCGUCUCCAUCUCUCCAAGGUCAAACACAGCAAGUUCAAUGAAUCAGGGCAGCUGGUGGCCUUCCACCUCACCUCUGUGAUCUGGUGCUUGUAUGUCGUGGUGACGGAAGGAUACAUCUCAAACCCCCGGAGUUUGUGGGAAAACUACCCGCACAUUUAUCUCCCGUUCCAGGUGAAGUUUUUCUACCUGUGCCAGCUGGCAUACUGGCUGCACGCCCUGCCAGAGCUCUACUUCCAAAAAGUUCGCAAGGAGGAGAUCCCUCGCCAGCUGAGGUGCAUCACCCUCUACCUGGUUCACAUCGCCGGCGCGUACCUCCUCAACUUAACCCGCUUGGGGCUGAUCCUCCUGCUGUUGCAGUACUUGGCUGAAUUCUUCUUCCACAUGGCUCGGCUGGUCUGCUUCACGGACGAGAACAACGAGAAGCUGUUUAACGUCUGGGCUGUCGUGUUCGUGGUCACCAGGCUCUUCACCCUCACCUUGUACAUCCUGGUCAUCGGCUUCGGGUUGCCACGGGUGGAGAGCCAGGCCCUCGACCCUGAAAGAGGGAACUUCUUCAGCUUUCUCUUCAACAAUAUCCUCUUCAGAAUGAGUGUGCUGCUGUUGGUGUGCCUCUUCCAGGCCUCGGUGAUGUGGCGAUUCAUCCACUUCCAGCUGCGGCGCUGGCGGGAGUACUGGAACGAGCAGAGCAGCCGGAAGCGAGCGGCUGCCGGCGCCAGGCAGCCAGCCAAGCCACUCAAGAGGGACUCGGGUUACCAUGAAAACGGAGUGGUGAAGGCAGAGAAUGGCACCUCACCGCGAACCAAGAAGCUGAAGUCACCUUAGAAGCCAAGGGCUGUGUCCUGGGGAGGAGGGUGAG